CGGAUCGGAACACGGAAUCUUCCAAGUUCCAAGUCCAAAACCCGGCCAUGGGUUGGCCGCCGGUGGCUGUCAGCAUAAAUAGGGGAGCAGUACACAACGUACACAAGACAAGCAAGGAAGGCAACACACUCACACAACACUACAGAAAGACACGAAGAAAUAGAGGGCAAAUCAAGCUGGAGCUGAGCUAGGAUCGAUGGGGCUGCUGCUGCUGCUUCAGGUGCUCCUGGCCGCGAUCGUGGCGAGAGCGCCGGCGGCGCAGGCGUGGGGCAAGGAGGGGCACUACAUGACCUGCAAGAUCGCCGAUGGUUUCCUGACGAGCGAGGCAUCGGCGGCGGUGAAGGACCUCCUGCCGUCGUGGGCCAACGGCGAGCUCGCGGAGGUGUGCGCGUGGGCGGACAGGCAGCGCUUCCGGUACCGGUGGUCAAGUCCCCUGCACUUCGCCGACACCCCCGGUGACUGCAACUUCAGCUACGCCAGGGACUGCCACGACACCAAGGGGAACAAGGACGUGUGCGUGGUGGGAGCCAUCAACAACUACACCGCCGCGCUCGAGGACCCGUCCAGCCCGUAUGACCCGACGGAGAGCCUGAUGUUCCUGGCGCACUUCGUGGGCGACGUGCACCAGCCACUGCACUGCGGCCACGUCGACGACCUCGGCGGCAACACCAUCAAACUCCGAUGGUACAGGAGGAAGAGCAACCUGCACCACGUGUGGGAUUCGGACGUGAUCACACAGGCCAUGAAGGACUUUUUCAACAGGGACCAGGACACCAUGAUCGAGGCCAUCCAGCGCAACAUCACCGAUGACUGGUCCAGCGAGGAGAAGCAAUGGGAGGCGUGCGGCAGCAGAACCAAGAUCACCUGCGCCGAAAAGUACGCCAAGGAGAGCGCAUUGCUGGCCUGCGACGCGUACGAGGGCGUCGAGCAAGGCGACACCUUAGGAGACGACUAUUACUUCCGGGCGUUGCCGGUUGUCGAGAAGAGGAUAGCUCAGGGAGGCGUGAGGCUGGCGGUGAUCCUUAACCAGAUCUUCAGUGGGAAGAAUAGCAGGUUGCAGAGCAUCUGAUGAAUGAUAUUGAUAUGGAUAUAAUCUAGUGCUAUACUAGAAAUUAAGGAGGACGAACAAGAAGAUUGUCUUGUCUGACAACGAUACAUAGCUACACCACAAUCACGAAUUCGCGAUGAAAUUUGUUUUGAGUCGUCCACUAAAGGUCCAAAGCGGCUUAGACUCGCUGUUGCUGCAGCACAUCACUGUAUCUGUAAUUCUGUAUAUUGUAUGUAUGUAGGUAUGUAUAUGUAUAUGGUGUUGUAUUUAUUCGCACCAUUGUAUCAUCUUCAUUCCUCGGUGGAAUAAUACUAGUGACCUGACCUUCAUGAGUUUGUAACCAUUUUGCCACAUCAGAGUGAUGUGUUACAUUAGUAACAAUUGGAUAGAUUGGUUUCCUUUCCGUAA